UUGGUGAAAAGAACGAAAAUAGAGCGCUUGACCCUUUCCCGGCCCGACGUAUCUCCGUCCGGAGACCUCAGGCAAUCAUCCGAAAGAACUUUGGGUCUGUAUCUCAAGCCAAAAACCGUUCAUUCCCUUUCAACGACCAAACAUCACAAAUCACGAUGCCACCCCGGCUCCAAUUACUGCCCACCCAGUGGCAGCGCCCACUUUCCAAGCCCAUUUCCGCCAUCACAUCCCUCUCCCUCCUUUUCCCUCAGCUCCAGCUCCAGCAACAAAGCCGCAAUGCUCACAUUCUUGCCUCGCUUUCCGAUAACACCGGAGCAUAUAACAAGCGGAUCAGAAGAGGUCGCGGUCCAGCAUCGGGGAAGGGUAAAACCUCCGGAAGGGGUCAUAAGGGUCAGAAGCAGCACGGAAAGGUGCCGGCUGGGUUCAAUGGUGGUCAGACGCCGGAGAUCAUUGUUCAUGGUGACAGGGGGUUCAACAACGUCUUUUCCCUUGACCUCGCUCCUGCUAACCUCGACCGCAUCCAAGAGUGGAUCGAUCAAGGCCGCAUCGAUCCAACUCGCCCCAUCACCAUCCGUGAGCUCGCCCAGUCACGCUGUAUCCAUCAGACAAAAGAAGGCGUGAAGCUUCUCGCCCGAGGCGGUGAAUCCGUUCUCAAACAACCCAUUCACAUCGUCGUUUCCCGCGCCUCAGCGACCGCCAUCGCUGCUGUCGAGGCUGCCGGUGGAUCCGUCACCACCCGAUUCUACACUAAGUCGGCGAUCGCGCGUAUCAUGCGCCGUGAGAUGCACCCGUUCGUGUCUAUGGCUUGGACGAACGAGAGUGGCAGCAAGGGUUUGAACAAGGCCGAGGGAGCGGAGGACCUUACCGAGUCUACUGUUAUGAAGGAGAUGGGCUUCCAGUAUAGGCUGCCAGAUCCGACAAAGAGAAGGGAUAUUGAGUACUACCGUGAUCCUGCCCACAGAGGGUACUUGAGCCAUUUGUUGAAGCCUAUGGAGGGACCCAGUCUGUUCUUCCGCUCGCCGGUUGAGAGGAAGACUGCUGCUGGUAUCAAGAAGGAGAAGAUCCUGCCUGAGAACAGACUUUGGUAGUUUGCUUGUGGGCCGAUCAGCGUACUUUGGGAUGGUCGGUGAGCAUACCCAUGAAUCAGUCCGGGGCAUGAUGACUGAGCGAUCUGUUGUCUCUGCACUAUGUAUUUUUUCCCAUUGAUAUUCUACUUAUUGGUUUGAAAGCUACCUGUAUAAAUAAGCACUCUGGAUACGUGAAUA